AUGGGUGACAUAGUUCUAAUGAAGCUUGAAUCGGAGAAUGGCGUCCAGCGGAAGUCUACGCCGAUGUCGCUGGAGCCCCUCGACCCACACAUGUGGCAGACGCAGUCUACGGUUAAGGAAACGUUAUGGCAAAGGAUAUGCUCGAUCCACCUGAACACGUUGGCAACGCAGGGCGAGAAGGUUGUGGGUCAGCUUUAUGGCAUUUCCUGCAGCGCCGCCCGACACGACCUCCUCAAGGUAAAGCUUCCAGAGCACCUGCCGAUCGGCAAAUACCGUUUAGCCAAACGUGCUAAGGCGCUCUACGCCGAUCUAUUUAUGCUGAAGAGUCGCAUAGCUUCUGAAGUGCGGCGAGCAUCCGAGCUAGGGAUUCCGUUCAACAAGGACAUUUACAAGGACGAUCGCUUUGCACAGCGUGUCAUUGAGCUGGAGGUAGCCAACGUCAUCACAAAAGAAGGCACUGCCGACUUCAGUGCGAAAUCUGCGAAGAUUGCUAAACUUAUCGAGGAAGAGAUGAGUGCACGCCUCAAUGUUUCUAUGGAUGCCAUACAAGAGGCCUGGGACGCCGCCAAGACCCGCGAAAUAUCCGGACCCAAAAUCGUGACAUUCGCCGACAAGGUUAAGCAUUUCAAGCGUAAACGCGGGAUGUACGUUGGUCAUCUGCAGGACUUCGAUGAUUUCGGCGAACCCGAGGACCCCGAAACCGCACCGUUGAAGCCCUGGACGAUGGAAUAUAAGCGAGACAGCAUCCUGCGCAAAUCUUUGCGGAUGGUUGCUGUGGAAGCUCUAGAUGAUCGUGCAGCGCGUUUUGUGUUCAUGGCUUACUUAAACCUCUUCAUUAACACUGUGUGGAACGCGGAGGAUUUGACGAAGGCCCUGGGUAUCUCCGGUCCCGACGUCCUAGACCUCGUUUUCUACGCUGCUAGGGCGCAUUGCCAGGAAUACGAAUGUUGGCGCAUAAAAUUAAAGUUGCCGCCGUACGUGAACGAACUAUCGGUGUGUCCCGAACUGGUCCCAAAGAUCGAGCUGCCGAUGGGCAAGAUGCCACACCACAUCGCAUCCCCCAAGCACAGCAAAAGACCACGUGGCGCUCGUUUCUCCAGGCCCGUUCAACCCGCGAUGAAAAACCGAUACAAGCGUAUGAGUAGCAUAAAGCCCCGUAUUGGUACCAUGAAGGACUCCUUAGCGCAGUACCACAAAAACUUCUCAACGAUGCAAAAGGUGCUGGAGCAGAGUCCGCUGUACUACCUGAGCGAGAUCCCCGACACUGUCAAAUUGGAUCCUGCGUAA